UGUCAUAGUUUCACAAACACGCAAAAAUAUUCUGUUCGUCACGUUAUUUCGUAUUCAUGUUUAAAUUUUUCUUCUGGUUGGGGAUGGUUCUAGAAAUUGACUAAUCGAUGAAUAAAUUUGAUUUAUUAUUCACGUGAAAAUUUAAAUUAGAGCUCGGGAGUUUCAGUUUGAGUGAAGUCAUACAGUGUUUUUGUAUUCAUGCAGUAGUGUGGAUCAGACGUCUUGUGUUUCACGGAUUUAUCUUAAAAAUUACAAGAUAAUGGAGGCGAAUAAUUCAGGGAACGAGGUGGCAGGAGCUCUGACUUACCCCGACAGGGAUGAUGAAAAUGUGGAGACUGUUCCCAUUCAGCCUCGGCAACCGAUUAACUUGCAGGGCCUGCUACGUUUUGCUAUGGAGGCUACAAAACGUGAAGAUGCUCCCGGAACAUCUGGGUUCAGGAGAAUGGAUGAAGAGAGGAGGGCAUUUUUGGAGGAAGCUUUAAACAGCAUGUCAGUAGAUGUACCUAAGUUGUUGAAGGAUGCUGUCAAAAUACUGUCCGAUCCGGAGAAGAUUAACAGUAUUCAGAUGGAUCAGGAUCCACCUGAUGAUGUUGCGGCAGCUUUCUUCAACAUUCAGGAGUUUAUCUGCGACAUUGAUGUGGCUAAUGAUUUCCACAAGAUAGGAGGGUUCUCAAUAUUUCCUGUCUGCCUGAGCAGUCAGAAUGCGACGGUGCGAAUUGAGGCAGUCAGCAUCCUUGCGGAGAUGUGCCAGAACAACCCGUACGGGCAAGCGCGCGCGCUAGACGCCAAUCUGAUGCAAGUGGUGGUGCAGCUGGCUAACACCGAAGAGGGCAACUUCCUUGUCACCUGUCUCUAUGCUAUCUCUUGCAUGUGUCGCGGCUACGGUCCAGCUUGCGACGAACUGUUCGCCAACGGCGGAGGACCAUUGCUUUCUGAGUUAGUGCGCAACUCCAACAUCCGUGUGCGCACUAAGGCCGCCUUCCUCGUCUCAUUCCUCGCUAUCAAUCAUCGCUCUGCCAAAGAGAUCUUUUUGGAGAACAACGUAAUUGGUAACAUAGCGGAAUCGCUUAACAGGGGAAUAGACUGCAGCACGUCCUGUACCCUGCACGCACUGCAUGCUCUACUGCAAGGACCGAAACUCCCUCCCCAGGUCAAUGACCCGACCAUCAAACUGAAGAAUGUUCUGGUAAAACUACAAAAUACCAAAGAGAUUGAAUACGCGGAGUAUUCUGAUGAGAGAAAAGUUUUGAAGAAUAUUAUGAAGAUUUUAAAGGACGUUCCAACAAUUGAAGAUGCUGACGAUGAGGAGGCAGAUAGAUAAAUACAUGGAUUGAUGGAUGGAUGGAUGUAUGGACAAAACUUGGGAGUGUUCGAAGAAGUUUCGAAAAGAAGUGUGGACGUGUUGUAUUUUGCGGCGAGUUUGUUUAAUGUGUAAAUGUUGAUUAAUAUUGAUAUUAAUGUAAGCAUUUAUAUAUUUAGAAAAUAAAAUUAUCUCAAUGUGCUUA